ACAGGAAAGACCAUUACUUUGGAAGUAGAGGCCUCUGACACCAUUGAAAAUGUGAAGGCGAAAAUUCAGGAUAAAGAAGGAAUCCCUCCAGACCAGCAGAGAUUGAUUUUUGCCGGAAAGCAACUUGAAGACGGACGUACGUUGUCCGAUUAUAACAUUCAGAAGGAAUCCACUCUUCACCUUGUACUCCGCCUCCGUGGAGGAAUGCAAAUUUUUGUUAAGACACUGACAGGAAAAACCAUUACCUUGGAAGUAGAGGCCUCUGACACCAUUGAAAAUGUGAAGGCGAAAAUUCAGGAUAAAGAAGGAAUCCCACCAGAUCAGCAAAGAUUGAUUUUUGCCGGAAAGCAGCUUGAAGACGGACGUACGUUGUCGGACUAUAAUAUUCAGAAGGAAUCCACUCUUCAUCUUGUGCUUCGCCUUCGUGGUGGAAUGCAAAUUUUUGUUAAGACUCUUACAGGAAAGACCAUUACUUUG